CCGUCAAUAGUUCAGUGGGCAUUUUACCCCGAUUGCAUAACCCCAAAAUCUCCUCAUACGUCCGUAGAUUUCCACCCGCUACAUUCACUCCGGAUUCGGACGUAGAUGGCAAUCUCAUCGCCCGGAGAAGCCGUCGCCAACAGCCAAGACAUACUCACACAAAUCCUCCUCCGACUGCCCACAAAAUCCCUCGUCCGCUUCAAAUGCGUAUCAACCCACUGGCUCUCUCUCAUCUCCUGCCCCCAAUUCAUCGCCGCCCAAGUCCGCUGCCAAGGUACUCUCGCCCCCUCCGGCCUCCUCUUGAACAAUGACUACUUGCCCACCCCAGAAUUCCAAUAUGUCUCUUUCACUCACUCGAAUCACCCCAAAUUCGAUGCGAAUCCCCCUCCGUAUCUGAGUUAUCUGGGUGUUCCACGCAUCAAAAUCCUUCAAUCCUGUAAUGGGUUGCUCUUGUGCUCCUCUGCCUACCUUACGGACGACCCCGAUUUCAAGAACACAGCGUUUGAUUUUGGUAUCCCACAUGAUUUUAUUACUUCUGUUAGUGAGGAUGAUUGUGGGAUUAGAAUCUUUGUUUGUAAUCCCAUCACCAUGCAGUUCAAGACCAUUAAUCUUCCGAGCGAUGAAGUUGGUUGCGCAGAGAUAGAGGGUGUGAAUAUGGCUUUUGAUCCGACUCAUUCACCCCACUUCAAGAUAGUGUGUGUACUGAGGAGCUCGAAUGGCGCUGACGAAGUAUAUUCGCUUCGUGUUUAUGAAUCCCAGAACAACGCUUGGAAGCCGUCUCUAAUCAAUUUUGAUCCACCAGAAGCAACACAUUUCGGUGCCCCUGUGUUUUUUAGGCGGGCAAUUCACUGGUACAGUGAGGAGCAGACUUCCCUUUGUUUCGAUGUGGACGAAGAGUGCUUGAACCCGAUUCCCAUGCCGCGAUACCUAACCCGUAACACUAUCCAGUAUUUUGGGGAGUCUCGGGGCCAGCUGCAGUUGAUAAUGCACACGACCUCGGAUGUGGAAUUUGAUGUGUUGGAGUUGGAGGAGGAUUACUCUGGUUGGCGGCUGAGGCACCGUGUCAAUCUUGCUACCUUUAGAGUUGAAUUCUGUGAUAUGUAUGGGGUUGGCAGCGAAUGGUUUCGUGUUUCGGUUUUGAGAAUGGUUGAAGCAGAAGCAGAAAGGCAGGUGGAAUCGGAACUGGUGCUAUUUGUUUGUGGUAGGUUAUUCUCUUACAGAUUGAAGGAUGGUUCGUUGAAGCAGCUCAUGUGUCUAGUUCCAUAUGAGAAAGCUGAGUGUGAAUGGGAGAAUGCCUUUCCAUUCAUAGAGACUCUCUGUCCUGUUUGAGCACAAUUCCCUUGUUGAUGUAAGCGUGUUUCGUUGUCUUAAUUUCGUAGUCUGCUUUUGUUCAUCUCACUUCUUUUGCUCAAUGUCAUAGAAGGUGCUUGUGAAAUGACGCCAGGGUAGAUCAUAGGUACAAAUGGUCGAAUGUCUAGCCAUUCACGCACACUACUGUCCCAUUUGAGCGCUUAAUUUCCUCUACUUCUCUCAAGUAAGACUUGUUUAGCUUA